ACCACUCUGGGGCUCCCGAGGCGGCCUCUCGUGCGAUCAAGGGCGCGCAGGGCUGUGAGAGCGACCUGGGGCCCCUCUUCUGGGCGCCGGAGUUCGGAAGAGGGUGGAUCCCCGCCGCCCAAGAGCAAGAGCGCGAGAGGAGCCGGAGGAAGGAGCGCCCGCUCGCCCGCCGCCUCGCUGCCACCCCGGCGCUCGCUCUCCCGGCUCCUAGGUUUGCUGGCUGCUCCUCCCACCCGCGCCCGCCUCUUUGCUCGCGCUCUCGCUCGCUCGAGCCGGUUUCCGAGCCCCGCGGUGCGCCCGGGCGAGUGCGGGGCGAGGGGCCCCGGGGCCAGCGCCGAGCCGGGGGCGGGGGUCCGGGCAGAGCUCAGCCGGCCGGGGAGGGGCCAUGUCCGGCGCGGGCGCCGAGGGGCCCGUCUACAGCAAGUGACCGAGCGGCGUGGACGGCCGCCUGCCCCGCUCCGACACCUGGGGCGGCGCGGGCCCCGGUGCCGGGUGCCCGGAGCCCGGGUCGCGCGUAGAGCCGGCGCGAUGCACGUGCGCUCGCUGCGCGCCGCGGCGCCCCACAGCUUCGUGGCGCUCUGGGCGCCCCUGUUCCUGCUGCGCUCCGCCCUGGCCGACUUCAGCCUGGACAACGAGGUGCACUCAAGCUUCAUCCACCGGCGCCUCCGCAGCCAGGAGCGGCGGGAGAUGCAGCGCGAGAUCCUCUCCAUCUUGGGCUUGCCCCAUCGCCCGCGCCCCCACCUCCAGGGCAAGCACAACUCGGCGCCCAUGUUCAUGCUGGACCUGUACAAUGCCAUGGCGGUGGAGGAGGGCGGCGGGCCCGACGGCCAGGGCUUCUCCUACCCCUACAAGGCCGUCUUCAGUACCCAGGGCCCCCCUCUGGCCAGCCUGCAAGACAGCCACUUUCUCACCGACGCCGACAUGGUCAUGAGCUUCGUCAACCUCGUGGAACACGACAAAGAGUUCUUCCACCCACGCUACCACCACCGGGAGUUCCGGUUUGAUCUUUCCAAGAUCCCAGAAGGGGAAGCGGUGACUGCAGCCGAAUUCCGGAUCUACAAGGACCACAUCCGGGAACACUUCAGUAACGAGACAUUCCGGAUCAGCGUUUACCAGGUGCUGCAGGAGCACUUGGGCAGGGAGUCGGACCUGUUUCUGCUCGACAGCCGCACCCUCUGGGCCUCGGAGGAGGGCUGGCUGGUGUUCGACAUCACGGCCACCAGCAACCACUGGGUGGUCAACCCACGGCACAACCUGGGCCUGCAGCUCUCAGUGGAGACUCUGGACGGGCAGAGCAUCAACCCCAAGCUGGCAGGCCUGAUCGGGCGGCAGGGGCCCCAGAACAAGCAGCCCUUCAUGGUGGCCUUCUUCAAGGCCACCGAGGUCCACCUCCGCAGCACCCGUUCCACGGGGGGCAAGCAGCGCAGCCAGAACCGCUCCAAGACACCCAAGAACCAGGAAGCCCUGCGGGUGGCCAACGUCGCAGAAAACAGCAGCAGCGACCAGAGGCAGGCCUGUAAGAAGCACGAGCUGUACGUCAGCUUCCGGGACCUGGGCUGGCAGGACUGGAUCAUAGCGCCCGAAGGCUAUGCCGCCUACUACUGCGAGGGGGAGUGCGCCUUCCCUCUGAACUCCUACAUGAACGCCACCAACCAUGCCAUCGUGCAGACGCUGGUGCACUUCAUCAACCCGGAAACGGUACCCAAGCCCUGCUGCGCCCCAACUCAGCUCAAUGCCAUUUCCGUGCUCUACUUCGAUGACAGUUCCAACGUCAUCCUGAAGAAAUACAGAAACAUGGUUGUCCGGGCCUGUGGUUGCCACUAGCCCCUCCUGGAAGUCAGACUCUUCGGGGCCGCGUUCUUCCAGAUCCUGGGCCUCUCACCGCCCAGCGUCUCCCACCGCCUCGGCGAGGAGCCCGCAGACCCGACUGCCUGUCGCGAGGCCCUGCCGUCCCCCUCCCCAACUGCAGCGCUGUAGGAGUGUUAAGGAAUUUGAGAUUUUUUGAUCCGCUUUUCGUUGGCAUCCUACAGACAAGAUCCUACAAGCUGCUGCGGGCAAAACCUAACAGGGAAAACUUAUAUCAGGAAAAGUUGCCGGGCCCCAGUCGCUGGCUGUGAAGUCUCAGCUGUGCACCGACUCGUUCCCAGGGGUAAUGAUGACACCCUGCAGCCCGGCCACCAGCAGGGGGAGGAAGGGGGCGCGGCCAGGGGCGGGCACGUUCGUCUCUGUGCGAGAGGAAGACUAACGCGGAAGUCCCUGUAAUAAAUGUCACAAUAAAACGAAUGAAUGAAAAUGGUUAGGAUGCUAGAGAUAUAUUUUCCUAAACAAUUUAUCCCCAUUUCUUGGUUUACUCCGAUUUCAUAAACAGAAGCCACUGUAGCCGGCGGAGGGAGGGGAGGCCCCUCUCUCCGUGCCAUUCCGGUUUCAUUCUGAGGCUUGCCGAGGCCCACCGUUUCCGUAAAUUCACCCGAAAGCCAAGAUUUGGCCUGCAGGGGAGAGGGAAAUUUUCUGCUUGGAGUUGGCCUUGAAGAACAAAUAGGUUCCAUCAUUCAGCCGA